AUGCCUCUCUUGAAAGAUGAUGCUUCAACAUCUUCAUCUUCAUCUUAUCACUCUUUUUCCAUUCUUAAUGGUGGUGAUCUUGCUUCUCGUUCUUCUGGAUCGAAACGGAAAUGUCCGCUACAAGAAACCAACAAUAGUUCAUCGUUGUCGGAUUUGUCUUCAUAUCCCAAUGAAACUAAUGUUUGUCUUCAUCUGUCUCUAUAUUUUUGUAACUGCAUUCAAAUUGCCAAGAAACAGAAACUUGCUCACCAAGAAACUAAUGUUGAUGCUGUUGUUCUUGUUGGAACAAGUUCUGAUCCAUGGAAGAUCAAGAAACUUGCUCACCAAAAAACUAAUGUCGAUGCUGUUGUUACUGAUACUGUUGAAACAAGUUCUGAUCCAUGGAAGAUCAAGAAACUUGCUCACCAAAAAACUAAUGCCAAUGCUGUUGUUACUGAUACUGUUGGAACAAGUUCUGAUCCAUGGAAGAUCAAGAAACUUGCUCACCAAGAAACUAAUGUUGAUGCUGUUGUUCUUGUUGGAACAAGUUCUGAUCCAUGGAAGAUCAAGAAACAGAAACUUGUUCACCAAGAAACUAAUGCUGAUGCUGCUGUUACUGAUACUGUUGGAACAAGUUUUCAUUCUUCAAUCAGCAGUGAUGCUGCUGUUACUGAUACUGUUGGAACAAGUUUUCAUUCUUCAAUCAGCAGUGAUGAUCCAUGGAAAAUCAAGAAGGUACUCACAACAAGUGAUCUGGAAAAUAAUAGCAGACUUUUGUUGAAGAAAGAAGUGGCUAGGAAAUGGGUCGUUCCUUUUGUGGAUAAAGAUAAAGCUGAGAAAGAUGGAGUCCAACUUUCGGUUUUUGACGUUGACACACAAACCCUUCGUUCUCUUGUUUUCAAGAUAUGGCCUUCGAAUAACAGUCACGUUUUCAACAAUACAUGGAUCAAGGAAUUUGUAGAUAAAAGAAACUUAAAAGCUGGAGAUGAAAUUGGUUUUAAAUGGGAUCAAGACAACAAGAGAUUUGAUUUUUCAGUUCUUCAUAGGGGUGUUAACAACUGA